CUGUGACCAAAGACAAUUUUUGUAAUCUGGCAAAAUCUUUUUUGUUUGUAGGUUAUGUUAUAAAAUGGUAAAUUGUCAAAAUUUAUGUUGAAUAUUUUCCUGGAAUUUAUUCAUUGUUCUUAGACAUGGAGUGGACGUGAAGUUGUCGUUCAGUGAAUGAGAAGUGAGAUCGCGAAUAAGCGCAGAUUAUUUCCUACUAAAUGGCUGUGUAAUCUCGAGUGUCACUUGACAUUGAAUUGAAAUGUGAACACGAAACUACGAAGUCAAUACGCAUUGCUCGUUUCCAAAGUUAUCCGAUACGCAAAAUAGCGUACUGGACUUCAAAGAAAUUUGUGUAUCUGUUUGUCAAAAGAGUUUACCAAAAGCACAAAAUGACUGGUACUAUGAGUCAGUUAUCAGUGUUGAAACUGUACAACACAGUAGUGGACGACGUGAUAGCUGGCGUUCGAGACUGUUUCUUGGAUGAUGGUGUAGAUGAACAGGUGCUUCAGGAACUAAAGCAACUAUGGAAAACCAAAUUACAAGCCAGCGGCGCGAUGGACCCCCCGGCGCUAGAACCAACUAUGCCUCCGCCGCCAGUGUUACAAAAUUUCCAAAAAGCUAACGGAAGUAAUAUUAUUCCUAAACGAAGCAUCGACUCUCAUAUGGCCCAAGGCACAAGUCAGAACUCUGGUGUUGAACAUGGUGCUCCAUCCUCCAACAUCGCUGGUACACAUCCACAUCACAUACUCGAUCCGAACAAUAAAGUGCCCGUGCAGCUCACGCUACCCGCUCAGCCUGGAGUGCCAGGCUCGCAGCCUCGUUCCUUUACAAUUCAAAUACCAGCUUCGGCCCUCAACGGUAACAAGCUACAUCAAGUACUCACAGGACCUAUCAUCAAUGCAACUAUUAGUUUGCCGCAAACACUAGCGGCCACUCUUCUGCAACAACAUAUAAACUCUGCGCUAGCCGGACAGCAAAACGAAUUUGAUGGUGGUGGGGGUGGUCGUAGUGGUGCUGCUCCGUUCUCAUUAGACGGAGCCCUGGAUUCAUCAGAUGAUGAAGGAUCCAAUGUUGGGGAUGGUUCAGAAGAUGGUGCAGGUGACGAUGACGAGGACGAGGAGUCUGCGGAGGAGCGGGCGGAGGAGGAGGAGGAGGAGCGCGACGAGAGCGGGGGCGCGGAGGAGGAGCCUCUCAACUCUGGUGACGACGUGUCAGAUGAAGAACCCGGUGACAUGUUUGACACUGAUAAUGUGGUUGUCUGCCAAUAUGACAAGAUAACUCGUAGUCGUAACAAGUGGAAAUUCUACCUAAAAGAUGGCAUUAUGAAUUUAGCUGGGAAAGACUAUGUCUUUCAAAAAGCAAACGGCGACGCAGAGUGGUGAAUAUUUCUCAAAAUGAAAGACCGAUUGUGUGUAUUUUUCUAUCAAUGGUGUAAUUAAUUUGUUAUUACGUCUCUUGCCUGUUAUUUAGAGUGUAAUUAAAAGAGAUUCAUAAAGAUGAUGUUAUCUUAUAUCUAUGUUAUUAAUUACACCUGGUCCCCAUUGACCAAAUUUACAUGUAGAGACGAAUUAUUAUUGGUAUGGAACACUGUGUGAUUCAAUUGUAAUGGAACUCAAAAUAGGCUUUAACAAUAUCUUUUACACAAAGAAAUUGUUCAUUUACUUUUAUUUUUCAAUUACGUAAUUGUGUAAUGCAAACAAUUUUGCGAUAUCAGGUGCUACCUAUUUAACUGCUGUGUUUUUUACAGAAUUCACAAAUAUUAAAUACACAUUUUUAAGAUAACUUUUUCUAGGUAUUCGAUGAUUUUAGUCUUUGGUUUACAGAUAAAUUCAAACUCAAAGUAUUAAAUUAAUUUUAAAAACAAAACAAGUAAAAACUCUAAAUUGAUGGAUUUUAUUUAACUUUCUUUGUAUACAAAACAGCAAUUUCAUAUGAUAGCACCUAAUACAUAAUACCAUUGAAACAUAUUAGUAACAAAAAUAUUGUUUUGUAGUAACAAAUAUGAAACAAUUUAUGUUGUUGAAUUUACCUGUGCUUUCCCUUAUGGAUAAAACUGCCUUUAAUCAACAUAUGGAUUGCUUCAUCUAGAAAAUUAUUUACAAUACCAUACUUUGGUGAUGGUUAAAUAUUGUAACCUUUGAUAUUAGAUAUAACAAAUCAUUGGGUAUGUGUAAUUGCUGUAUGUAUUGAUGUGAUUUGCUAUUUUAGCUUCACUUAAGUUGAUAUUAAAUGUAUUAUCUGACAUUCACUAUCCAAUAAUGGAACUACAAAUAGAACCUUGUGCCAUAUGCCAAACCCCAAAAAUAACUAAGAAAUUUUGGAAUGAUAAGUUAUCAUGUUUAAUUAAUAUGAUCUAUUCAUUUAUUCUGUGCCUAUGAUGUAUGUUAACAGGAUGAGUUAACACUUUAUGAUUCUUGCAUAUUCAUACUACCCUAUUGUAAGCUGAAGCAUGAAACAAACUGUUAUCUGUAUAGUUACUUGGUGAAGCUGAAUAGCA